GACACACAGCAGCCAUGGUCUCUACAAUCAUCCCACCAAAGAUCGCCUCACCGAGCGCCAUCGGCGGCGCUGCAGAUGCCGCGCGAAUGCAAAAUGUAGUCAGCUUUUACGAGAAGCUCCCACGCGGAGCUGCUCCAGUACGACAACCCAAGGGACUCCUGCAGAGAUACCAGGCAAGAUACAUGGGCCAAAAGGCAUCUGCAUGGCCACUCGUCCACGUCAUCGGCACUCUUAUGGCGAUUGGAUACGCACAGAACUAUUACUUCCAUCUGCGUCACCACAAGAACAACGCCCACUAAAUGGGCUGGAAGCGGACUUGCAUGAUAGAUGAGUAAGCGAGGCACAAUGCAUCAGACUACCUGUAUAUACGAUACCGAAAGUGCUUCAGGCCCGCCG